GCCUUAUUCUGUCGUUUCCCGUUUCCGCGGAGAGUCCUUCCAUAAAGAUCAGAAAAAAGGGGGCCAAACGAUCUACGCAUCGUUGCUAUCUAAACUAACAGACAUGUCAACGUGUUAUCACAGGAGCAGUGAAGAAAGCAAUUGGAGGAACACCAAGUACGCUUAACUUUUCCUUUGAAAUUCCUACAAUAACGUUUAAGCGUUUCUACGUUGUGGCUUGGAGACUGAAAGACGACGAGAAGCCUUUAUCAUCUGACCGCUACGAGAACGAUGAAUUGGUGAUGUUUGCCGAUGCUAUAAAUUCAACCAAUCCACAACCGUAUAUCGCCGCAGUAUUCUCGUCCAGCGAUUUUCAAGGAAACAUGUUUGUACUUGGUGAUGGCAGAAAUACAAGUGAUUCAAAAGAGUAUUUUAAUGGUCCGCUAGAGCCAGGCACUCGUUACAGUAUUUUUCAAAGGAUUAUCAUCAAUGAUAAGGGUGAUUAUUACUCGUCCGACUGGAGUCCUGUUUCACAAACGAUAAAUCAUUCAGUUCAAGCUUCAGUCACGACGUCAGCCGGAAAAGACGCUGGUUUUAAAGUUUAUCUUGUCGGAAUGAUUGUAUUCAUAAUUCUCAUGAUUGCCUCGUUCGUAAUCAUUGCAUAUUUGGUUUAUCAAAAUCGUAGACUCAGCUCACAAAACGCUUCCGCCAGAAGUACAAACGAGGGUGGAAAGAAUUCGAAAGAUAUUUAUGAUGUUCCAGAAACCAGUAAUGCAAAUAAUUACGACCGCGUCGACAAUGAUCAGGCGACGUAUACCGAACUUCAAAAGAGAGAAAGUGAUGAUCACUUAUACUGUCACCUAAAUAAAGUAAUAAAUAAGUAGAGAUAUGUAAUGAGAUGCGGGGGUAGAAAUUCAUACCGUGUUUCCAGUUGUUGAAAGUGGGUUUAGACAGCUAGCGCCACAAGCAUGGUGUGCAACAAU